AUGGUUGGGCAAGCAAUGGUUGGGCAAGCCGUGGUCCGAAUUCGCAGAUCGGAAGAAGAGCCAAGAACAGUCGCACAAUUGGCUGCCACCUUCGAGGAGCUUUCCAGCGUGCACACAAAGGGGAAGGCUGAUGUCACUUCUGCGUCGAUGUCGAAGACACCCGUGCAGGAGGAUGGUGACGUGCCUGACGUGCCUCCGGCGAGAGAAGCAGAAAGAGCAGAUGAGGAGCCGCAGGGCGUGGAGGACAAAGUUCCGAGCUCAGCGGCCCUGCAGGAGGCCGCUGGAACGCCAAUGGAAAGGGUGAAAGCUGCCGGGGCGGCAAAGAAGCGGACGGAAGAGGACCAGCGGUACCUGCUGCAGCGCCGGCGCCGGCGAGUGCAGCAACCUCCCUUCGGUGCGUGCCAUGGAAGCUGCGUCCGUGGCAUCAAAGCUGGCUUGACUGCUUGCUUCCCUUUUCUCCUUUCAUUUGACCACCUUCUCCACUUGGCUUUAUCGCGGUGCAAGAAGAUCUUUGUGCAGAACGUCCCGACUACCCUUUCGAAGGCCGACUUCCAGUCGCACCUUGCAGUGUUUGGCAAGGUUGUGAAGGUGGAGCUGCAUUCGGCCAAGCUCUUCGGGUUCGUCACUUAUGACGUUGAAGAGGCUGCGCAUGCGGCAGCAGCGAAGCCGCUGCCGCACGGCAUGAAAGCCACACUGCACAUCAAGAGAUCCGAUCCAGGCUUGCCACGCAGCAGCAGCCGCAAGAGCGCUCGAUACGCUCGCAAGCCUUGA